AAAGGGUGGUUACAAAUGGGUUCCUUAUCCUCUUUGCCACCCAACAAAAUAACAAGAUUGGAUUUUGAAGUCAAUCUUUCUUCUUCUUCUUCUUCAUCAUCAUCCAUGGCAGAAGCCAUUAUGAGCUUCUCAAUUCUCAAGCCUUGCAUUCACCAUAAGCCUUCUUUCCAAACAACAAGAAGAUUAUUGGAUUUGAACCCAUUAUCAGUCAGCAAAUUUUCAGGCUCAAGAUUCACCAAUGCCUUCCAUUUGUAUUCUACUGAAGACACCAAAAGGAGUAGAUUGAAUGCUAUACCAGAUUUGACUCUAAUGGCAGUUCUAGUUGAGCAUAUGGAAGGCCAAAGAGAUCUCAUCACCCACAAAUCCAUAUGGCAUCUCAAUGAUCAAACCAUCAAAAACAUAUAUACUUUGUACAUCAUGUUCACGGUUUGGGGAUGCUGUUUCUUUGGUGCGACAAAGGAUCCGUAUUAUGAUUCCGAACAAUAUAGGAAAGAUGGAGGAGAUGGAACGGGGCAUUGGGUGUACGAAAAGCAAGAGGAUAUCGAAGAAAAGGCACGAGCAGCAUUGUGGCGUGAGGAGUUGAUUGAGGAGAUUGAGCAGAAGGUUGGAGGCCUACGUGAGCUGGAAGAAGCCAAAGAGGAGGAGCUUGUUUAAAUAUAUAUAUAU